AUGUGGAUUCUACCUCUGGUCGGAUAUCUCGGCUCCAUCGUGGGCUUCUGCUUUUUGACUCUGGCCAUCGCGUCUGGUCUCUACUAUCUCUCGGAGCUUGUCGAGGAGCAUACCGUGCUUGCGAAGCGGCUGUUGACACAACUGAUAUACGCCACCAUUGUGCUCCAGACCAUUCUAUGGCUGGUUGACGGCUUCCCGUUCGGGCUGACUGCCUUGAGCAUCGCCUCGCACGUUAUAUACCUGGGCAACAUGCGCCGCUUUCCCUUCGUGAGGCUGACAGACCCUCUGUUCGUCGUCUCUUGCGUCCUCGUGCUCGUGAACCACUACCUCUGGUUCCGCCACUUCUCUGCUGCACAAUCGCGCUCGUAUUCCCGCAUGGCCAAUAUCUACGACCAGCCAGAUGUCCCGUCCUUCACCGAGAUCGCCUCUUACUUCGGGCUUUGCGUGUGGCUGAUCCCGUUUGCCCUCUUCGUCAGCCUAUCUGCUAGCGAUAACGUACUCCCAACAAUGGGGACCGAACAGCCAUCGAAUGAUUCCGAUGGCAAGAGCAAGCGUCAAAGCAUUGUCAAAGUUGGAGUGGAUUACGUCCUCAGUGGCAUUGGAGAGGUUAGCCGGAUGGCGGGAUGGAAAAGGCCGGAAGACCGUUUUUGA